AUGGUGUUUUUAGCCUCGUCGAUUAUAUCGAUCAUAUUUUUUCUUUUUAUUGUCUAUUAUUUGGUGCCAGUUUGGAUGAAACACAUUAGAUUGAGACGAGACUAUCGUAAUAUUACAUAUCUUCCUAUUUCACGUGUCCCAUUCGUUGGCAAUAUUCACCAAUUUGAUAAACGAUCACAUGUUUUCUCUAGCCUCCUCGUGCGUUUGGCAAAAUUAUGUCAGCAACAACAAGAACAAGGUUGUUUCUGUCUCUGGUAUUCUGUGUGGCCAAUGAUAUUUGCAUGUACAGGACAAAAUCUUGCAACCUUUAUCAACAAUAGCAAACAACUUGUCAAAUCAUUCGACUAUACGUUUCUUGAACCUUGGCUAAAGACAGGUCUACUGACCAGUAACAACGCCAAAUGGCGUACUCGUCGUCGUCUGAUCACGCCUGCAUUUCAUGACACUCAAUUAUUACACAACUUUAUGAUUAUAUUCAAUGAACAAGCAUGUCUAUUUGCUCGACGUCUUGACGAAUGUAUUCGAACCGGAGAAAAAGGCAAAGCAUUCGAUAUGUUUCCAUACAUAUCGUCAUGUACACUCGAUAUUAUCGCUGAGACGGCAAUGGGCGAACAUGUCGACGCUCAAUCAAGCGAAGGAAAGAAUGCAUUCGUUACAGCAACGGGACGCGUAUGCGGUAUAAUAAAUCAGCGCAUACGAUCCCCGUGGCUGUGGCCCGUUUGGAUAUUCGAUAGAGUGCCGUUGGGUCGUGAACAAGCCAAAAACCUGAAAGUUCUACAUGAUGUCUCUCGUAAGAUUAUUGCAGAUCGUAUCGCUACGUUUAAUGCUGAGCAUACAAAUAGUGUCAAUGACAAGAAGGGCACUCGGCGUCUAGUCUUUCUUGAUAGCCUCCUUGCUCAAAUGAAGUCAGAACAACUCUCAUUAGACGAUAUUCAAGAAGAAGUCGAUACAUUCAUGUUCGAAGGACAUGAUACAACGGCAGCUGCUGUGAAUUUUGCGUGCUAUUUAAUUGGGUCUCAUCCAGACGUUCAAGCAAAAGUUCAUGCCGAGAUGGAUGCUAUCUUUUCUGAUGACAGAGAGAGACCUUGCACAAUGGACGAUGCACAGCGAAUGAUCUAUCUUGAUGCUGUCAUCAAAGAAUCUAUGCGCUUGCUGCCACCAGUUCCAGCCGUUAUACGUGAGAUUCAAGAAGAUUUUGUUUGCAAUGGUCAAAUAAUUCGAAAGGGAACUACCAUGUAUAUAUUCAUUUAUGGUGUUCAUCAUGACCCAAAUGUGUUUCCUCAACCGGAACGGUUUGAUCCCAAUCGUUUUUAUGAAAGCACAGAGGUGAGCGAGGAACGUUCACCAUACGCCUUCGUUCCAUUCUCAGCUGGAUCCCGCAACUGUAUUGGUCAACGUUUUGCUCAACUUGAAGAAAAGACUAUUCUAUCAACAUUGCUUCGACGCUACACAUUUCGUGCUACGCAGACUAUCGAUGAACUAGAACUAUGCUUCGAAGCUAUCAUGCGACCUGAUGUUCCAAUCAAAUUAAUUGUUGAGCACCGACAAAUAUAA